AGUCGCAGCCUCCUGCCUCCCCCAUUUAUUUUGCAAAAGGGCGCCUUUCCCUCUCCUUCAGCCACACGCGCCCACCCCCGGCCCUCCCAGCGGAGGUAGCCGACGGGCGGCGAGGCUGGGGGGUAGAGGAAGAAGCCGUCGGGACGCGAGGCUGGGGGGCAGAGGCAGAGGGAGCCCGCCGCGAAGGGUGGGAGUGGUGGGCGCCCGCGGGAGGGCAACCAGGGGGGAGCCCUCGUCGGCAGUGGCGGGCCCGACAAGGAUGGCGGCGGGGAGCAUCACCACCCUCCCCGCUUUGCCCGACAGCGGCGGCGGCAGUGGCGGCACCUUCCCCCCCGGACACUUCAAGGACCCCAAGCGGCUGUACUGCAAAAACGGCGGCUUCUUUCUGAGGAUCAACCCCGACGGCAGAGUGGAUGGAGUCCGAGAGAAGAGCGACCCUUACAUCAAAUUGCUGCUUCAGGCAGAAGAGAGAGGUGUAGUGUCAAUCAAAGGUGUGUGUGCAAACCGUUUCCUUGCUAUGAAUGAAGAUGGCCGGUUAUUAGCACUGAAAUAUAUAACAGACGAAUGCUUCUUUUUUGAACGCUUGGAAUCUAAUAACUACAAUACAUAUCGGUCUCGUAAAUAUUGUGAUUGGUAUGUUGCACUGAAACGAACUGGGCAGUAUAAACUCGGACCAAAAACUGGACGAGGACAGAAAGCUAUUCUUUUCCUUCCGAUGUCUGCCAAGAGUUGAUUUUGGUGGCCAAGUCUAUAAAAUAUACUACAGCAGUUGUAGACUUCUGCUUCACCACAAGACAGAAAAAAUGUGACCAAGUAUUUGCCAGAAUCAAUGGCAUUUGCUGAUUGAUUUCAGAUUAUUACUAUGUAGAAUUGUGUAUGAUUUAGAUUUCAAAUUGUUUUAACUCCUGGAACCAUGCAUGUAUAAAUGUGUGUGCAUGUGAUUGUGGCAGAAUGGGCACGAAUACACAUUUAUUUCCCACUAAAUAUUAUGCCCAUCUUCAACUUAAUGGUUUGGGAAUAAAGUUUUUUUUUUAAAAAAACUCAUUUAGGCCAUUUAACUGAAAGGGGAUCCAAAAUGUGCAGAGUUAGAGAGAUAUUUAGCAUUUUAAAUGAAAUAAUAUAUAUUAUCCUUUUAGAAGGUACAAAAGGGAAUUUAAUUUGGGCAGAACACACAUAUAUUUUAGUAUACAUAUGCUAAUUUGUCAUGUUUCUAUAAUUCUCUGGCAGCUCUCUGUGGUACAGCUUAUAGAAAAGGCCCGUGUACACAGCUGGAAAUUCUCUCAUAGUUAUAUCAAUUUUAUCAAAUCCUUCCCUAUAUCCAUAUAGGAGUAGUCUAGCAAUAUUGCUGGUGAUUGGAGUAGUGUCUGUUGUUCUGGCAAGCUCAGCUAGGCCUAUCCAUUCACACCUCAGGCACUCCUGUUGGCAUAAACGGAUUUUGAAAGAGGAAGGCUCCAAGCGGCAAAUAAUGUACAUAUCUGACUUCCCAAAGGCUCCAGGGUGUCUGUGCUGCUGCCGUAUGCUUAGGAGAGACUUGAAUUCUGACUUUAUGCCAGUCUCUUCAAAAACUUCUCGGACUGCUGUGUUCCCUAAGAAGAUGAAGGAGAAAGAAUUCCUAUGCUGCUUUUUAGUCAGAAAUUAUAUUCUGAGAGCAUUAAUUAUGAUUCAGACUUUCCUGCUCCAUCUUCUCCUCUCCACACACAUAUUUGUAAUUUAAGUUCUGAGAAAUGUGCAUUCAGCACCACUCCCACUUCUAUUAGGUAAAAAAUCUAACCUCCCCCCCCAAAAAAAACCCUGAAUACUUUUGUUGCAGAUAUUCUAAAAUCACUAUUGCAGGUGCUUUAAUUAAAAUGGAACAUACAUGAACAUACCAGCUCUGAACGAAGCAGUUUCUCUCAAGAUUUUCUAUGCUUUUAAAACCGGAGCUACCACAUUUCUGAUUAAUUACAGUAGGGCCCCACUCAUACAGCAGGUUAGGGACCAGACCCCCACCAAAACCUGAAAAGCACCGCAAAGUGGGACUAGCGUGCGAUCAGCUGUACAGUACAGCUGAUCGCUGUCAGCUGGAGCACGGCGGCUGUAGCUUCCUGCACUACAGCUGAUCACCCCGUAUUAGCAGCCCCGUAUUAGCGGCACACUAAAAAGCAGGGCCCUACUGUAAAGGUAUAACCUAAAUGGUGUAAAGCUAGGUAACACAAC